AUGUUUAAGACAUAUCCAACGUUUCUGUAUGACGAUAUUUCUACCUCAAAGACGAUCAGGCUGCUUAGAAUCGACUUAAGCGACAAAGAUACUCUCAAUGGGCAGCUCUGUACCAUAAAACUUGAAGAUGCUCCCCCAUACCUUGCUCUUAGCUAUUGUUGGGGAAGUCCAAAGAAAGAUGAUAGCUUGUGGUGCAAUGGUUCAAGAAUCCAGAUCACAACGAGUCUAUCUCAGGCUUUGAGAAGGCUAGCAGAUUUGCAAGAUGGCAUACCGGAUUACAAUCAUACCGAACCUUGGUUUUGGAUUGAUCAAAUCUGUAUCAACCAGCACAAUCCGACUGAACGGUCCCAUCAAGUGAGGAUGAUGGGUGAAAUCUAUGCGCAAAGUUACAGGACGCUUAUCUGGCUCGGACUACCCAAUGAAUCAUGUGAUCAAGCGUGGGACCUUCUUGACCUUAUCUUCUGUGUCUUUCGAAGAGAAUGUCCUAAUGCGCUCUUUCUUUCUGAUAUAAAGCUCCAACUUUAUGCUCCAACGCAUCAUGCUACAUUUGGCCUUCCGGAGCCAGAGGACUUGGCUUGGGCUCAUCUUCGUCAUCUAUUGGACGCGCCUUGGUUUAGAAGAACUUGGGUUAUACAGGAGACGGUCUUAUCCCCAAAAGAUCCAUUAAUUCUUAGGAAUUCUGGCGUUUAUCCUUGGGAGAAGCUAUCAUGGGCUGCUUCGUGGCUUCGACGAACGGGAUUCUGUCGUACCGAUAUCGUUUCCCAAAGAUUCUUGAACAUCGAUCUCCUCGCCAACCUUCGACGGUCUGUCGAGUCCUGGAAGCUACCUGCGCUACUGCAAGCAGUAGGUCCGAAGUUCGAUGCCACCGAUCCGCGGGACAAGGUGUACGGCCUUUUGGGUCUGGCUGCCGAGACUAAAAGCUUACAUGCAUUCCCACCCGCUUUAAUUCCAGACUACCGGCGAGAUGUCACAGAGGUCUACCGCGAAGUGGCAAGAUACUUAAUUGAGCGAUACCGAUGUCUUGCAAUGUUCACGUGCACGAUUCCAGGAUCGGAAAACAACAUCAUUCUCGACCUUGUUUGGUGGCGUCCUAGCAGACCUAUAUUCUCAUCUUGGGUACCAAGAUGGGAUGUACUCAUCGAGAAAAACCAGACAAGGAGUUUGGUGUGGCUAUCUUAUCGAAACGGAGGCCGUGCGACAGAAAUGGGAUUUCCAACACAUUACGCUUCCGUUGGGGGUUUACCUACAGCUAUAGAGCGCUGUGCUGAUCACCGAUGUUUACGACUUAAAGGUUUUCGGGUUGACACUAUUGCUUCCACGUCCUGUAUAUCGUCAAACUCAGCUAGAGAAAAAUUUCAGAAACAAGCUCUUAACAUAGCUCUCGAUUCACAGGGUGGGUCACUAGACCCCGCGUCGGCCGAUGCUUUCAUUGCAGCAAUAUCAGCCAAUGCUUGGCAUCUAGCAGGAUCUAACCCUCAACAACUCAGACGCAACGGGUACGCCUUCUUACUAUCCCAUCUCCAUAACACGAGCGGACUUUUCGGAAUUCGUAAACAUAUAUUGCACGAGGCUGCUGGCGGUGAUGCGGAUGCUUUUGUUGCACUAGCGAAGAACUUCGCUAUAAAUCGACGAUUCUUUGUAACGAAGCAAGGAAGGUUGGGAUUAGGUCCGAAGUGGACAAAAAAAGGUGAUGUUGUUAGUGUUCUGUUUGGUAGUGGUUUACCAUACAUUCUUCGCCCUAAAGGAAACACCCAGUUUAUGCUUCUAGGCGAAUCAUACACGCAUAGUUUAAUGAACGGCGAGUCUAUCGAGGCUUGGAGGUCUGGACGGCUUAAGGAUCAAUAUCUAGAUCUUCUAUAG